CUCACCACCACACCGCCUGUCACAAGCACGAGUCAGCACACACCUGCAAUCUCGCUCACCCAUCGCCACUUCAUUUUGCAUCUUAUUCAUACAAAUCCACACUGCCUUCAUCCGAAGCUUGAGCCCCUCAGCAUACACCCAGGCUAUCGGUGGCAAACCGAGUGGUCGCACCUUGCUCUGCGAGAGGUUUUCAAGAGCUGUGACCCUGUGAAUCGCCUCAUUCUGGGCUGUGGAACGUUUUCUCAUUCUUCUUCUACCGCGUAUACAGGGCGUUCAUCGCCCUUGUGUUACAGCAUUUUAAGCGAGCUCCUCCUGCUACGCAAGGAUGUCUGACCAGCAGAGACCAACACAGGGCGAAGAGGGAGGGUUCGAAGAUGAUGUUGCCGGACCCAUGCUGGUCCAAAAGCUAGAGGAAUUUGGUAUCUCUUCCUCAGACACAAAGAAGCUGGCAGAGGCAGGAUACUACACGGUCGAAAGCGUCGCCUUCACACCUCGCAAAACACUGCUCACUGUAAAAGGCAUCAGCGAAGCGAAGGCCGAUAAGAUCAUUGCAGAGGCCUCGAAGCUCGUGCCGAUGGGCUUUACAACCGCGACGGAGUACCAUCAGAGACGGACGGAGCUCGUAACGAUUACUACAGGCUCGAAGAAUUUGGACAACAUUCUUGGCGGCGGCAUGGAGACUGGCAGCAUCACUGAGCUGUAUGGAGAAUUUAGGACGGGCAAAAGUCAGUUGUGUCACACCCUUGCGGUGACUUGCCAGCGGCGAUGAUGGCCGAGUCUCGUUUCUCCCUUCUAGUGGUCGACUCGCU